GGGAACAACCUGCUCCUCACCGUGUCCAAUGCUGUUGAUAUUUGGCUAGAGGGAGGAACACCGCCCUCCAAGCUCGUUCUGGGUAUGGGUCUUUACGGCCGCUCGUUCACAUUGAGGGGGCAGCAGACGGGCAUUGGCGCUCCCGUUAGCGGACCGGGUACUCCAGGAGUUUCAACACGAGAAGAUGGCUUCCUAUCUUAUUAUGAGAUUUGCAACAAACUCCAAGAUGGCCAGCUGACACGGGUAUGGGAUGUGAGGCGCCGGGUUCCUUAUGCUUUCCAUGGUAACCAAUGGGUUGGUUAUGACGAUAAAAGGAGCAUACGUGUCAAAGUUGACUUUUUGAAGGAGAAAGGCUUGGGUGGCGCCAUGGUGUGGGCCAUUGAUUUAGACGAUUUCAACGGGGACUGCGGCGAGACUUGGCCGCUGAUGAAAGCCAUCAACCGUAGGCUUGCAUUUGAUGCCACCUCUUCACCAGCCACCGAUGAGCUGGUCACUGACCCACCAGCCACGGACGCGCCAGCUACCAACGCCCCGGCCACCAACGUACCGGCCACCGAGAUAUCGGCUACCGACACACCGGCCACCGACGCAAGAAUCACCGAUGCGCUGGCCACCGACGCACUCUCCACAGACGCCCCGGCCACCAACGCACCAGCCGGCGAUGUAUCGGCCACCAACGUACCGGCCACCGACGGAAGAAUCACCGAUGCACUGGCCACCAACGCACUGUCCACAGACGCCCCAGCCACUAACGCAUCCUCACGAACCCACUCACCAGAUGCCGGUACCUUCACGUGUCGGGAUAAGCCCAAUGGAUAUUACGCAGAUCCCAACAGUUGCAGGAUGUACUACAUCUGCAACCAAGGAGUUGCAAGCUAUCUUCCGUGUGGUACAGGCUUGUACUUCGACCCCCAAACGUAUACUUGCAACUAUCCCGGAAACGUCCAGUGCAACGCCCCAGACACCCCCCUGUUCUGCGAUGACCGAGCCGACGGUCAUUACGCUGACCCAGCGGACUGCAGUAAAUUCUACCAAUGCGCAAACGGUUUCACAUAUCUAACGUCCUGUCAGGAUGGUCUCUUGUGGAAUUCCCACAUUAACUCAUGUGACUGGCCUCGUAAUGUCAAGUGCGACCGGAACGAAGUCUUCUCGUGUGACGGACGAGAGCACGGUUAUUACGGGGAUCCCUCUGACUGUGCCGGUUACUACCACUGCGCCGGUGGCAAGACGUACCGGUUCAGUUGUGGAGGAGACCUGUACUGGAAUGCGCAAGUUGGUGGAUGUGAUUAUCCAAGCAAUGUCCAAUGUACUAUAUAGUUCAAUAAAUUACAUGUACUGCCAGUAGAGUACUUUAUAGAAUUAGAAUGAUUGCCAUUAGCAAACGACGCUGCCCUAAAUCGUAAUGUUAUUUUGUCUUCAUUUUCCACAAUUGCAAACACAAGCUGGACAUCUAACAAAACGCGUACGAGUCGUUUCCUAUUCACUCGUGUCAUGUAGAUUUUAGCAUUGCUAUAAUUCCAAUUUAUGAAAUACUGAAAAAGAUUAAUGAAAUGUUACGAAAAGUGUCCUGACGAUGCAUGGAACAUAUUUCUAUAUAAUUUUCAGAUAAGUCUUCACGUUUCAGUUUCUAACAAUGGUUCUGUUGCAAUCAUGCACACAAAAUAAUUAUAUAAGUGCAGUGUUUUUUUAAGUAGAAAGUUUAUUAUUAGUCUUAAUAUCCUUUCAAUCUAUUAUUUUGUUGAAGGACCUUUUAUUUAAAAUGCUUAACUUUCAGUCUUUAUUAUAAACACAACUGUUGUUUAAAUGUCAUUAUUUAUUAGAGGUGAUCAAUGUUCCUAACUCAGUUUAUCAAAAUGUGUACUCUCUUCGAGCAGUUAAAGUUGUCUACACACCGCAGGAAAAGUUUGUUAGAUAAAAGAGCAUGACUCUCAGGCUGAAGAUGGACGAUA